GGUGUCUCGGGUCUACCAGGCCAGGGGAAGAGGAUGGGCCACAGGGGAGUGGACGCGUCCGGAGAGACCACCUACAAGAAGACCACGUCCUCUGCCCUGAAAGGUGCCAUCCAGCUGGGCAUCGGCUACACGGUGGGCAACCUGAGCUCCAAGCCUGAGAGAGACGUCCUCAUGCAGGACUUCUAUGUGGUGGAGAGCAUCUUCUUCCCCAGUGAAGGCAGCAACCUGACUCCAGCCCACCACUUCCCAGACUUCCGCUUCAAGACGUACGCUCCUGUGGCCUUCCGCUACUUCAGGGAGCUCUUUGGGAUCAGGCCUGAUGACUACCUGUACUCCCUGUGUAACGAGCCCCUGAUUGAGUUGUCCAACCCCGGGGCCAGUGGCUCUGUGUUCUACCUGACCAAGGACGAUGAGUUCAUCAUCAAGACCGUCAUGCACAAGGAGGCAGAGUUUCUGCAGAAGCUGCUGCCUGGAUACUACAUGAACCUCAACCAGAACCCUCGCACCCUGCUUCCCAAGUUCUUCGGCCUGUACUGCAUCCAAUCUGGCGGUAAGAACAUCCGCAUGGUGGUCAUGAACAAUGUUCUACCGCGCGCCGUCCGCAUGCACCUCAAGUUUGACCUGAAGGGCUCCACGUACAAACGCUGUGCCUCGAAGAAGGAGAGACAGAAAGCCAAGCCCACCUUCAAAGACCUGGACUUCAUGCAGGAUCUGCAGGAUGGCCUGAUGCUAGACCAGGAUAUGUACAGCGCUCUGGUCAAGACCCUGCAGAGAGACUGUCUGGUGCUGGAGAGCUUUAAGAUCAUGGACUACAGCUUGCUGCUGGGGGUCCAUAACAUUGACCAGGCAGAGAGGGAGCAGCAGAUGGAGGGAGGAGAGAAGGAUCAGAAGAGGCCCGUGGCCCAGAAGGCCCUCUACUCCACCGCCAUGGAGUCUAUCCAGGGAGGGGCUGCCUGCGGGGAGUCUAUCGAAACAGACGACACGAUGGGAGGCAUCCCAGCAGUCAAUGGGAAAGGAGAGCGUCUACUCCUCUACAUCGGAAUCAUAGACAUCCUGCAAUCCUACAGGCUAAUAAAGAAGCUGGAGCACACAUGGAAGGCUAUGGUUCAUGAUGGGGACACCGUAUCAGUCCAUCGGCCGGGCUUCUAUGCAGACAGGUUCUUCAAAUUUAUGAGCAGCACUGUGUUUAAGAAGAGCUCCUCCUUGAAGUCUUCUCCCAUUAAGAAGGGCCGUGUGGGCCUGACGGUGACUAAGUACACUGGCCCCGGGGCCGCCUGGUCAGCCAGCCAGCUGCCCUCGGAGAGAGACGACAACAUCUACGACCUGAGAGGAGCACGCAGCUUCCCCACGCUGGAGGACGAGGGGCGACCAGACCUCCUCCCCUGCACCCCUCCGUCAUUUGAGGAGGCGACCACAGCCUCCAUCGCCACCACGCUCUCCUCCACCACCUCUCUGUCCAUCCCAGAGAGGUCUCCCUCAGACGCUGGGGCAGAGCACCCCCGCUACAGGUACCAGAACAACAGCUCUGAGAGAAGGAGGCACACCCAGUCUGUCAGCCAUGACGGGAGGACUCAGGAGGAGGUGCGUGAGGAGGAGCAGCAGACCAUCACGGUGGAGGUGGAGGUGAAGAGACACGACAGCGAGCCCACCAUCACGGCCCCACAGCCCUCUCCAGAGACCAGUGAGGUACCAGAGGUAGCCGAGGCUGCUGCCCCACCCUCCUCCUCCUCUCCCCCAGCCCCUGGGGCCCCUGCUGAAGCCUCUGCUGAGGCCCCUGCUGCUGAGACCCCUGGCCCAGAGGCCGCUGUCAGUCGCAAGGUUGUGGUUGUGGAGGCUGAGCGGGACCGCCGGGGCAGCACAGUGUCUGGGUCCGGAUGCACCAGCCAAGCCUCACAGGACGACGAGGAUGACGUGCCAAUCACAGACAUCUACUUUAGCUGAGAGGAUGAUUCCGUGGAGAGAGGAGCCAUCAGACUGAUCCCCGGGCCUCUGAUUGGCAGGCAGCGGAAGCAUUCCAAUCCAGACCUGUAUUUUAAACCAUGGAUACAAAAACAAAACAGACUAAAUACUGUGAGGAAACCCCCUCGACAUCCCGUAGUCACAGUGGUGAUGAUACUGUAUGAUCGAUUCCCCUCCUUUCAACCCACCCCAACCCCAAAUUGCCAUAGCAGAAGAAAAGCAGGAACUCAAAUUGCUAGGCUAUACAUCUAGCAUGCCCCAUUAAAAACAUGGUUAUUGAGGCAACUCUGCUACUCCUCUCACAUUCCCAAAUGUCGAUACAGUCAAAUGGUCACAUUUAUUUAAUUGAUAUCAUGUUAAUUUAUAUUGUGAUUUUUCUUAGUUUAUUAUUUUGUUGUUUUUUUAUCUUUUUUUUUGUGCACUUUUUUGUGCCAUUUAAUACUGUGAAUAUAUUUUGUUAUGUUGUGUGCUUCAAAUGUAGCUCUAGCAGGAAUCUUAAUGUUGUUUUGUAGCUCUAGCAGCAAUCUUAACGUCGCUAUCGAAGUGGUACUUUACCGCUAUGUUGAAUGGUACUUUACCGCUAUGUUGAAUGGUACUUUACCAUUGGAGAGGGAACACUUUAUUUCCAAUAGAUGAAAAAUUAUCUAUAGAAUGUGUUUCAGAAAACAUGAUUUGGUAAAUCGCAUAAGCCUACUGUAUUAUUUUACAGGUUUGUUUAUUCGUUGUUAUGUAUUUAUUUUGUCAUUUCUGUCACAGUAUUGCUAAAGGCUUCUAGCCUCAAAACCAGAUCAUUGCAACACUAAAUAAGGCUGGGUAUUGUCAAUCAUUUCAAAAUCCUACAUCAUUACAAUGGCUUCUAGAACCGCCCAACUUUCAGAGGAAUGCAAACAAAUCAUUUUCUAAGCAUAAUGAUUCAUUGAGCUGUCGUAAUGUCAUGAAAUACCAAUAUUUCAGCAGUCAAACCUUGACUCUGAAUGUUAGCUCUGCUGGAGGGGAUUUAGGCUAAUGGAUUUGAUUACUUAGGCCAAAAAACUCACAGUAUCACAUGUCCAGAAUUAAUUAAUACUUCUGUUAUUUAGUAAUAGUUCAUCCGAGAUGGAUUUCAGGCUGCUCUUAGACAGCACUUUUAUGUAUCAACCAUCAUCAGAUGUGAAAGUGAGGUCUUCAUCACAAUCAUCUGGUAUAGGAUUAGUGUUAUAGUCUUUAUGCGAAUUCCAUGUUUUAAGGUUUAAGUUGUGUUUCAAUAUGUUUUAUUCUUUUUCUGUUUCACACUUGGCUAUUUAAGUUAUUUGGUGUGUUUGUAUGUCUGUGCGUGACGGAAGGCGUCAAUGUCAAAACGUGUAAAAUACUGAUCAUCCUAUCAUAAUGUGCAGUGGCCAGUUGUAAUCAGUUGCUGUUGUCCAUGUCAUCAAGAGACCAUAGCAGCAGUAUGUUGUACAGUACAGGUGUAGUCUUAGUUAGUUUUAAUUGCCUUAUUGAGAAAUUAAAACGUAUCAUAUCAAUGUUUUUUUCAUAGUAGUGCUGUUGUAUUUAUUAUUUUCAAGUCAUUUUUUUCAGUACUGUAGUUGUGAGCCAGAAAAUGUGUAUAUACAAUUAUAAAUACAUAUAUAAAGAAUAUAUAAAUAUAUUUUCCAUUUGAAUUGGAGAAUAUUAUUUUUAUUUGAUUACAUUUUUUGCUGCUGGCAGGAAAUGAUUAAGAGCUACACAUGAUUUACUGUACCAUGUUCUUCAAGGUGUUGACACGAUGCAGCUCGAUUUAUGGUUUAUAAAUCACAGCUGUUUUCUUUUUUUUUUUAUGUAUGAUAUCCAUUACUGAAGAGUUGUCAGUUUUACUGUACCAGUUUAGUGUACAUGUUUUCAAAUCACAGUGUGCCCUCCUUCACAGAGACAUAGCAUGGUUUAAAAAUGAAUAUGCAUAUCAGAAAUAUGUAUUCAUGUAUAUUCAUCUAUUUAUACAUGAGGAUAAAUAGAUGGCUGUAUGUCUGUGUGUGUUUGGACUCUUACGAUGAGAAUGAAUACAAAAUAAAGCAGUUCUAUGUCUAUGAUAUAGUGUA